CAUGACACUGACGUCACGGGGAAUGCGGACUACGAUUGCUUUGUCGGGAAUAACUGACCCGAAAACAAACUGAGAGACCACAGAGCUGCAGAAAAAAUGCUUCGUUUCUGCUGUUGCUGCUUCUCAGGCGAUAACUCCAACAACGAGAGACGACCUCUCCUGGAUCCCAGACCAUCUGAAGUCAAUGUAGCUGAAUCAGCCAGGCAGACCCAUUCGCCAGCAUGCAGUGAUGCACAGACUGUGAGACGGAUUGGACGGCUGGUGAUGAGGCGACUGUGUGUGCCAGAGUUGGAUCAAAGGUUUUUGGAGAUGGCUGAGACCUUCAAUGAGCAGCAGGAAGGCUAUGAGGCCAUGGCGCUACAUAUCAGAAACCUGCAACAGAGUUUUGACUGUGCCCAUGAUGAUACCCUCACUUUUGCUCAGUGUUUGGGGAAAAUUAGAGACGAGCAAGAAGCCACAUACAGGGUCUCUCUAAAGAUGAAGGGCUAUGACUUCUUCCUCAAUGUGGUUCCUGUGGGGUCUGAGGGUGAAAGGGAGGAAAGACCACUGCCUCCACGUCUGCAGAUGGCUCAGAAUGAACUGAAGCGUGCUUCUGACAGCACCAAAGUCACCAUUUCAAAGGGUACCAUCCUUCAGGAGCUUAUUGGAUGGCUGCUCCGUAGCCAUGAUAAAAUGGCUGAGAAAGUGAAGGGGGCAGCAGAAACUUACCAAGAGCGAGGAAGACUGAGUGAGAACCUGGAAGAGAACAUGAGGGAAGUGAGGAGGGCAAAAGAGCUGUCUCAGGGAUACAGGCAGCAGGCCGCGGCAGUUCUCACUGAGGCUGCACAGAUAGCGGGGGCUUAUCUGUAGUUCAUGUACCAUUUUUAAAUGUUUGGUUUUAACUGUCUGACCACAAUACAGAAGAUGUGCAGGAUUCACCGGGCUUUUUGCUACCCCUCAGCUGCUACAAAAGCUGCUCUGUCUUGUUCUCAGUUUUGGUAAACAUGCAACCCACAAAUGGGUAGUCCUGUGAGCAUGUAUUUGUCUGCCAAAUAUUAACUAAUCUGCAUAAAUAUCUGCACCAACCACAUCAAGACAUUACCCUGCCCCCGGAAGGGGGAGGGCUUUAUUUUGUCUGUUUGGGGUUUUUUUGCAGUAUUACAGCAAAACUGCCAGUUCAUUUCAUACCAAAUUUGCAUAAAAGAUGGCCCUGACCCUCAGAUCACCUGAUUACAUUUUUGCUGUAACUGAGCAAAGAUCAGAGGUCACUUUUUUCUGAAAAUCUUGUGAAGUUAAUAACUUGAGAACGAUGUGAUCUGGGUUCUUCAAAUUCAAUUCAAUUCAGUUCAGUUCAAUUUUAUUUUUAUAGCACCAAAUCACAACAAACAGGCACCUCAAGGUGCUUUAUAUUGUAAGGUAAAGACCCUGCAAGGCGCUUUAUAUUGUAAGGUAAAGACCCUGCAGUAAUUCAUACCAUAGAUGCAUCUACUAAACAUCUUAACGACCUACAUAAUUCCUGGCUCUUGGCCAUUUGCAAGCCACUGAGGUUCAUAUGAACAACAUUAGGAUCUUCUGAGACCUGGUAAUUAUGUUUUCUGUAACUUGUGCUUCCAGGGGUUUUGUGACGCCUAAAGAUUCCACUGCCAGGAGGCUGAGGGGUAGCAUUGGCAACUGACUGUAUUUUUAGCACCAUUGUUUCAAAGAAAAAAGUCGAGCUAUUGUCAUAGCAUUGCCGUCAGCGUCUGUUCCACAAAAACUUUAAUGUUGGCCAUGAUCUGAUCCAGAUUCUGGAUUUGUCUGUUGUCCAGACCUUUCAGAAACUGAAAAUAUUUGGAGCAUCGUGAAAUGACAAAUAUGACAAAGCAAUCCCAGAUGUUUAUGGACUGUUGUUAAAAGAAGAGGGGCUGCUACACAGUGGUAAACGUGGCCCUGCUUCAACUUUUUUGAAAUGUGUUGUUGCUGCCAGUCAAGAUGAGCUGAUAUUUUUCUUCAAGUGGUAAAUUUUCUCAGCUCAAACAUUUGAUGUUUUCUGUGUUCUGUUGUGUAUAAGAUAUGGGUUUAUGAAGUUUGCGAAUCAUUGCAUUCUGUUUUUUAUACUUUACACAACAUCCCAACUUUUUCAGAAUUGGUGUUGCAGUUGACUUAAAGGGUACAGAGCUAAAAUAUCUUAUAUCUUACUGCACUAAGGUCCAGCAUAAGCUAAAUAAGGAUUUUAAAAAAAAAAUAAGUGUAAAUCAUGCAAAAAUAUUCCGGUAGAGUCCGGCAAUAAAAAUAUGGCGUUGGAAAUGGCCACAGUAGGUCCCCUCCAAUAUUCCUUAAUAUUUUUAAUUUCACUGGCUACCAUUAGGGGGCAUCGCAGCUUCACUUUACUAACCGUCACGUUUCAUUUUAUACUGCUCAGCCUUUCAGAAAUAGCACUACAGUCCAUUUUAUAAUUAUGCCACUAAUUCUUUUGAUUUUUUUUUUUUUUUGGCGAAACUUUUCCACAAACGUGUCUGUUCUAUGAUUUAACAAAUUGUGAACCUCAUGUUUAUUCUUGUUUAUUGCCCAGACAUAACAGGAUUCAGUUGACUACAACGGCAGCUGAAACUUAACUGGAGGUUGGUCAUGACUGUCCAUGUGGUGCUUUACUGUGACAACAUACAGACUUUUAACUAUUAACUGAUUAAAAACCGCAGCUUUCCCACUGUUAUUAACCUAAAAGCUAACCAGCACAUGGUCAUAUGCCAUCUUGAUAAUUAAUUUCUGAAAAUCCAUUGUUCUAGAGGCCAUUGUCACAUGGGCAUUUAUUAUUUACCAGAGAGGGACAGUUUUAGAGCAGUGCUUUUGCCUUUGGCUUUAAUUUAAUUUGGUGUCAAGUGUGAUGUAAAAAGAAGCAACGCAAACUGCAUUUGUUUCUAAAUGAAUAUGCUCCGCAAAUACAUUUUUAAAAUGGGAUUAAAAGCAGAUAUACACACCCUAGAUCACAUUUUAGUGAAAUAUAAUAGUUUAAAAUGGUAACUGGUUAUUUUUAUAGUUCACUCGUGGUCAUUCAUAUUUUUAAUAAACUGAUAAUUGAUA